AGCAAAUAUCAAGAAAGAUUUUCUGAACAGAAGCCGCCAAUUCUCCUUUCAUCAGCACCUAGAAACUCGAGGCAGUAAUGGACAAUCCAAUAAUCGUGCCGGAAGGGACCGCCGGAAAAGUCAUAAAAUGCAAAGCUGCGGUGGCAUGGAGACCCUGGGAGCGGCUGACGAUUCAAGAGGUGGAGGUGGCGCCGCCGCAGAAAUUGGAGGUUCGGGUCAAGAUUCUCUUCACUUCCCUUUGCUCCGGUGACGUUUUAGCCUGGGUUUCCGAGGGUCCAUUGUUCCCCAGGAUUCUUGGACAUGAAGCCACAGGGGUUGUGGAGAGCGUGGGAGAGGGAGUGACAGAAGUCGUCCCGGGGGACAAAGUAAUGAUGGUUUACACUGGGGAAUGUGGAGAAUGUGCCCACUGCAAAUCUGAAGAGAGCAAUUUGUGCAGUCUUCUCAGGCACAAGACUAACAAGGGAGUGAUGAUCCAGGACAAUACAUCUCGCUUUUCCACCGAAGGAACUCCGAUUUAUCAUUUUGCAGGGACGUCCACAUUCGUCGAAUACACCGUGGUUCAUGCUGGUUGUGUUGUUAAACUCAAUCCCCUUGCUCCUUUGGAAAUGGUUUGUGCAUUAAGCUGUGGGGUUGUUGCAGGUUUGGGUUCUGUCCUUAAUGUUGCCAAACCGAAAGAAGGCUCCUCCGUGGCCAUUUUCGGCCUUGGAGUAACAGGACUUGCAGCUGCAGAAGGAGCCAGAAUAGCCGGGGCUGCAAGGAUCAUAGGCAUUGAUGAAGAUCCUAACAGACGCGCAAGGGCGCCCGAUUUUGGUGUCAACUGCACUCUCAACCCUUCGCUUUAUACUGUGGCGAUUAAAGAUGUCAUUGGUGGCAUGACCGGUGGAGGGGUGGACCGAAGUAUUGAAUGCAGUGGUGACCCAAGAUACAUUCUCUCUGCAUUCGACUGCCUUCACACAGGAUGGGGCGUUGCGGUUCUGAACGUUGUGUCGCGAACUGGGGAUGAGUUUAGGACUGACCCAAUGAAUUUCAUGGGGGAGAAGACACUUAAGGGCUGCUUCUUUGGGAACUACAAGCCCCGGUCCCAUCUUCCUUUGCUUGUGGACAUGAUCAUGAACCAGGAACUUGAUCUGGCCAAGUUUGUGACUUAUAGGUUUACUUUUGAUGAGAUUAAGGAGGCCUUCAAACUGUACGAGGAUGGAGAAGACGUGCUGAUCUGCAUCAUCCGCAUGGGAGAGUGACAGAAUUCAAACUAUUUGGCGUUUCUCUGGCACAGAAAACCAUGUUUCGAUUUGUUCCACGAUGUAAACCAAAUUCUCUUGUUGUUGUUAUUGUCUUCAGGAGAUUCAAUGCAAUGUUCAUAGCAAAUAGUAACCUCGGAUGUAUCAUGAAGCAUUGCAUUUUGUGAAUAUACACACCUCAGUUUCAUUGCUUGCUAUUACUCUAGUUAAGUAACCUUUAGUUUGCUGAGUGCUUAUGGAGCAACACAACACAUCUGCAAUUACAAUAACUUGUAAUUAUAAUAACUUUAUAGACUAUUU